AUGUGGCUGGAUCGAUGGGAUACCAAUGUGGGGGAAAUUACAUUCGGUGGUGUGAAGAAAGAAAGGUACAGCGGAGAUCUUGUUUAUGCGAAAGCAAUCCUUGAUGAUGUGUGGGAAAUUUCAAUUGAUGGCUUUCAAGUUGGCAAUGAAACGUUCUGUGCAGAUGACUGUUCUCGGACGCUCAUUGAUAGUGGAACAGAAUACAUUCUUGGACCAGCCGACGAAGUUAUCAAGAUACACAAUUUAUUGGGUAUUUCAACCGCUUUACCUUCGGAUGUAUUAAUGGCUGACAACACGUCUGAAUUGUAUGAGCCAAACAUAACUGCACUGGAGUACUAUCGUGAUUUUACAGGCUACCGGGUAUGA